UUUUCAGAACACAUCAUAUGAACUAAAAGACAGCACUGACGCCUGGCGGGGGAUCACUCAAUCAGGAGCAUGUUACCCAUACGAACCUUCAAUGACGUAUUCUUACGGUGGAACGUAUGGAACGAUGGAUUUAAAUGGCGCUGCCCGGAGGAAAAACGCGACUCGUGAAACUACGAACACUUUAAAAGCAUGGCUUUACGAACACCGAAAAAACCCCUACCCAACGAAAGGAGAGAAAAUUAUGUUGGCUAUAAUCACAAAAAUGACCCUUACCCAGGUGUCCACCUGGUUUGCGAAUGCCAGGCGAAGACUUAAGAAAGAGAACAAAAUGACGUGGUCCCCUCGGAAUCGUUGUGGUGACAAUGAUGACGGAGACGGUCGAGAUAAAGCUGGUGACAGCGACAGUGAUGAUCUUAAGGAGAAAGAUGAGAAUAUGAAGAAAAUCAACGGACUGGACACCACUGACAGUAAGCUAGGUUAUUCAGUAUAGCACACACAUACACAC